AUGGCGGCGGCUAGUAGUGGACGUGUUUUUGACAGCUCUAAUGAAUCCAGUAUUGCGCCGAUGCAGUUAAACAACACUGACAAACGUGUUGAUGCAGUGGGUUUCGAUAUUUCUUUUAACGAUGAACAACUUAAUUCUGUUGUGGAACAUUGGCCCCGCUUCAUCACACUUGAAGCACAAAUAUCAGACCAACAUACGAAGCCUUUAACAAAGGUAUCGCCAUUUGUCAUUCAAAAAGGUAUUCAAGGCAUCAUCGGUACUCCCAAAAAUGUCAAAAAGUUGAAAUCUGGUGCUCUACUUAUUGAAGUUACCAAAAAACAACAAUCAACUUCCUUGUUAGGUUUAAAAAUGCUUGCCAAUAUUCCUGUUAUUGGUAAAAUCCACAGUGGAUUAAACCAAAGCAAAGGCAUACUGUUCGACAGAGAUCACGACCUGGAUGACAUUCCUGAACAGGAGAUUCAAUCUGAAAUAGAAGCCCAGGGAGUGAUCUCUGUUAAACGAUUUACCAAAAAACGGAAUGAUAUUAUCGAACCAACAAAUACAUACCUUUUGACUUUUGGCAUGCCAACACUUCCUACAAAUAUAAAGGUUGGGCUCUACCAAAUGAAAAUCGAGAUGUUCGUUCCAAAUCCGCUGCGUUGUUUCAAAUGUCAGCGGUUUGGACAUGGACAAUCCAAUUGUAAAGCCUCUGAAGCAUGCUUCAAGUGUGGUGAAGAGGGACAUGAUGGUAAAAGUUGUCAAAAAGACCCCAAAUGCAGAAACUGUAAGGGCGGGCACAUGGAUUCCUCUAAACAUUGUCCAAUUUGGAAAAAAGAGAAAGAGAUACAAAAGGUAAAGGUUGAAAAAAGAAUACCUUACUCAGAAGCCAAAAAAUUGGUAAAUAUGUACAGUGUCCCGAAACCAAAUUUGACAACAUAUGCAACUGUUGUAAAAUCGUCCUCUUUGAAGGACAUGUCUACACAGGUCUCUGAAAAAGACUAA